CAGAGAAGAUGGCAUUGGAGACUGUGGUGUUCCCACAAGAGCUCUUUGGUCAUCAUGCAUGCAAGGAGUUGGUGAGCAUAGAUGGAGGAGAAUGGAUGAUGAAUGAGAAUUGGGACCUCUCAUGCACAUCCAUGGUAGUGCAAAACUUUGAGGAGGAGUGGGAGACUAAGUCUUCUUCAACUACUUUAGAUCCAUGUAAAACAGCAAUUGCCAACAAGAGGAAGAGAAGAGAAUCAAAGAGUUUCAAGAACAAGGAAGAGAUUGAGAGCCAGAGAAUGAUCCACAUUGCGACCGAACGCAACCGCCGCAGACUCAUGAACGAGUACCUCGCCGUUCUUCGGUCUCUCAUGCCUCCAUCUUAUUCUCAAAAGGGUGAUCAAGCUUCUAUUGUUGGUGGAGCUAUCAAUUAUGUUAAGGAACUAGAACAAGUAGUUCAAACGCUUGAAGCUCAUAAGAGAAUGAAACAAGGUUUGAAUGUUGGUGACUACUCAGAGUUAACAAGUUCUUCUUGUAAUGGAUUAAAUGAUGAUGGUGAUCAUCAUGAGGUGGUGGAGAGGGUGAGAAUGGAUGACAUAGAAGUGAAGAUGGUGGAGAACCAUGCUAGUCUCAAGGUACUCUUAAAGAAGAAACCUAAACAGCUUUUAAAAUUGGUCUUAGGUUUGCAAGGUCUUAGACUCACCACCUUCCACCUUAACAUCACCACACUUGAUCAAAUGGUCCUCUACUCUUUCAGUCUCAAGGUGGAAGAAGAAUGUGGAUUAUCAUCUUCAGAUGAGAUAGUCAAUGCAGUGCAUGAGAUUAUAAGAAAGGAUAAUAUUGAUGGAUGAAGAGAAGAAUAUUAGUGGAUUUUAUAUUAUUAUUAUUAGUUGUAUGUAUCAUGACCUUGUUGAUUUGUUAAUUUCCAAUGUUAAUUGCAUGCAUGUGUUUGGAAUGGGUUAAGUUUGAA